AUGUCUUCCUUCUUCCUCCUGCCCUCGUCAUCGAACGAAACCACCAAGAAGAAAAAACCCAACGGUUUUUCCCAAACGGGCUCGGCGUUCCGUGGGCUGGGCUGCACCGCCUCCGCAUCUCAGCAGGUUUCCGUCCCGGCCGUGAUUCGCUCCUCCGCCGACUGGGAUUCGAGUAAUCUCAAAAUUAAGAAAACGAAGAGCAAGAAGAAGAACAAAGGUGGCUACAAUGGCGGUUCGAUUAAGAUACUGAGCGAGGCAGAUAGAAGCGUCGGAGGAGGAGCUUGCGCGGCGAUUCCUGAUGUUUGGUGCGGACCCGGAGUUGGGUUUUCCACCGAUGCGGUGGUCGGCGGCUCGAUUGACCCCGUCGAGUCGGAUCCUCCGAGAAGGAAUAUUCCGGCGAGACGCAAAAUCGAUGGAGAUAAGACCAAUAGCAGCAGUAAUAACAACUCUAAUCAGCGAGAGGGUUCUUCUGUUAUCUCCAGACGAUCUCUCAAUCAAGAAUCCAAUCCUUACUUCGACUCUGAUUCAACUUUUUUGACACCACGGGCUGAACAGACGCUGUUCUCUGAUAGAUAUCAUCGUCAUCUACGACAACCUUACCAGGAUGGACUCUCCGAGAUGAUGAUGCUACAGAAUGGUUUUGUAAUGGGAGGGAUCUUAAGCUCUUACGAUCACUUCCGUGAAAUGAGGCUCAACGUGGAUAACAUGUCAUACGAGCAACUGUUGGAGCUUGGUGAUAGAAUUGGGUAUGUGGACACUGGACUUACUGAAAAAGAAAUCAAAAGCUGUCUCCGGAAAGUCAAAGCAUUCAAGAAAGAUACACCACUAGAAGAUAGAAAGUGCAUCAUCUGUCAAGUAAGUCCAGAUUUGGUUUCAUUUCUCAAAUAA